AUGGAGCCGAUCACGCUGCUCAGGGAGCCAGACGGUGGCUUGGAGGGCGAGGAGGCCGCUAGCUGGGCGGAGGAUGCAGGAAGCUUCUACCGCACCAUGGCGGAGGAACUCUUAAGCCUCGGACGCUUGAGUGCUGACAUCCAAUGGGCGCCCGACGUGCCCUUGCGCGCCAAGCGCCCCGCCGUCGUCGCCAAAACGCCGGCACCCACCGGCAGGGCGCCGGCACCGGUCUCGGUGGUGGUGCCGGUGGCCCGGAGGGAGCAGGUGCGAAGAGAGCCGGUGGCGCGAAGGGAGCUGCCGGUGGCGCGAGAGGUGGCGGAGGUCACGACCAAGAAGCCUCCACACCUGGCGAGCCAUGCCACGCGCCCCGUGCCCACGGGCGUACGAGUGGGGCGUGGGCGCACGGCGCCACAUCAGAGUGCAGCGCAGUCGCGUGCCGGGCGGCGCUUGCGGCUCGGUGCCUUGGACGGCUGA